GUGAUAAUUCAGUCUACGAAUAGCGCGCGAAUUUGGCAGGCACCUGUGCCAGGAAUCAUAAGAUCAAUCAAAACUUCCACUUGUCGGUUAGCAAUGAUCUAUUUGUCGGUUAUUGGAUUGGUUAUUGAUAGUUAACCCCCCAAGAGGAAUGAUGAAGUGCUAAUAAAGUGCCAGAUGGAAAUCAUCAAAUUGUGUUCGUGUUUCAGUGAGAGAGCUCGAAGUUGCAGUUUUAAAGUUCGAUGAUCCAGAAUUGAUAAAUAAAUGAAAAAAUGGAAAUGUAUCUGAAAAUUGGAUUAAUUUUUAUCUUUUUGAUGAUCAGUGGAUGCCAAAAUGCCGUUGCCGAAGAUGAAAAAGAACCUGACGUAUUUGUCAGUGACUCAUGCCUCGAGCGACCGUUCCGAUGUCCGCAUCCUAAAAUUCAAUUCUAUCUUUACACUAGACGAACCCAAGAUGAUCCAGAGCUACUUGACGUACUCAAUCCCGAGCAGUUGUACUUUACGCACUUCAACCCAGCACAUCCUACGAAAAUUGUAAUCCAUGGAUUUGGUGGGGGUCGAAACAACAACCCCAGCCCUGAAAUCCGGAAAGCAUACUUCACGGUUGGCAACUACAACAUCAUCAUCGUCGACUACUCGACCGCCGUUAAAGAACCGUGUCUAAGCCAAAUGGAUUGGGCGCCGAGGUUUGGUGCCAUGUGCAUUGCCCAACUAGUGAAAUAUUUGGCACGCCAUCCUCGUGGCGUGGUACCUGAUGGUCUACACUUCAUAGGAUAUAGUGUAGGAGCCCAUAUUGCUGGAUUGGUAGCAAAUUUUCUAACAGCGGCCGAAGGAAAAAUUGGCAGGAUAACAGGACUCGAUCCUACGAUUUUCUUCUAUGCAGGAUCAAAUAACACCAGAGACUUAGAUCCAUCAGAUGCUCAUUUUGUGGAUGUUUUACAUACUGGAGCUGGAAUUUUAGGACAAUGGCACAAUAGUGGCCAUGCAGAUUUUUAUAUCAACGGUGGAACUAGUCAGCCGGGAUGUGCCAGCACAACGUUGUUUCAAACGUUAGCAUGCGAUCACACCAAAGUCACCCCAUACUUCAUCGAAUCAAUAACGACAGAUCGAGGAUUCUACGCAGGACCUUGCACAAACCUUCUCACCUAUUUGAUAGGAUGGUGCGAACCGAAGGAAUCUGAGCUCGUUCUAAUGGGCGAACACUGUACCCCCAAGGCCCGUGGUACCUACUAUGUGACAACAAACUCAAAACCACCCUAUGCAAGAGGAUAUCCAGGAAAAAGACAAUCUGCCAGAUCAGGGGAAUACAAUGGAUUACGAAAGUAAAAUAAUAAGAACGCGCAAAUGCGUUUUCAGGUUACCGGAACUAUGAUCCUUAAGUAACUUCUAAGAAAUCUUAGAUUGUUUAGAAAAAGGCUUUAUGGACAUGCUUUAUCAGGUGGAUGCAAGGCUAAUUUUAUUUUAGCAGAUUUUUGUUUAGGUUUCUACAUUUUAGUUGUUAUAGAUAAAUUAUUGACUCGUUGUAAAUAAAACAUGUGAACCUACUUUUAAACUUA